AUGCAAUUUGCAAAGCCAUUGUCGUCCAAAUCGCAAUGGUGUCUGCAUCUGUCUUCCAUCAAACGGGCGGCUCUCGAGCAUAUGAAACUUUCACAUCUCGUGGGUGCUCACACAAAAGAAGACGACAGACAGCCCAAAAGCUUCAUGAGUCAGAACGCCCUGUCGUACGCCAAUUCUAUGAUCAAGGCCCUCGACAGCGCUGGCACGGGCGACGAAUUCAGCGAAAAAGUUCAGCGACGCCGACUUCAGUACAAACUCCAUCAGCGGCACCACCGUGCUAAGCAAAAAGAGAAGCUGGCUCAGCUCGAAUUUGAGGUGCAACAUCUGACGGCAGAAGUCGACAUCCUUCACCACGAACGUCAGAGUUUUCUAAUCCAGAACAAUUGCUUCGAAUCGCGAGGCACAAUUGGAGGUAGGCCGGCCCACGUAGCAAUGGAAUACUUUCGUCUAUUUCAGGCCAGCGCGUUUUCGACACAUCUUGACAUGCAGGAACAGUUCCUGCGUUCUGUCAUGACAUCGGAUACUAGAGGUCCAGACUAUGUCGGAGUGGACACAAUUGUAACACAAUGGCGUGGCUUUUGUAGUUUUUUUGCAUAUUUGAGGUACAAACCAUUAACUAUCACUAUCACGACAGUGGGUGAGCUUACGGUCAUUGAAGUCGACUCCAUUUUCAGCAUUGGUGCGCAGCGCGAUGGCAUUAUCGCGCUGUAUCCCUCGCUAAAUGGUAAUACGGAGCUCUUGCAGAAACUUUCAGGUAAUGUUAUCAAUGUCCGAGUCAAGUAUUAUUUCACGUUCGACUCGACCGGAACUGUCACGUGGUUUAGCGCCGAGUGGGACCUCGUGAAUGCGCUGCAGCAACUGUUGGAUGAUCUUGAUGAUGUUAACACAGUGCUUUCCGGUGCUAACAUUUCGACAUCCACGGGCCAGCUCAGUGUCGAAAACAUUCACGCAAUAGAAUCAAAGCGUGCAAUUGACCCUCGGCUGGACGUGAAAUAUCUGCUUUCUUAA